UAGACUACCGGUAUUUCACCUGAUGCUGGCCUCAGGCAUCUUGGCCACAGGGCUAGAAUGGGCUAAGGUUCUUCGACUUCUCAGUGCAUUGAAAAUAAAAUGUUUCACACGUCGUGAAUUUUCAAGAUUGCAAUCGGCGUAUGUUAUACCUGCCGUGUUCAAUGUUUGGGGUGGUGAGAAAAAGAGAUUGUUACAAAAACUAAAAGGACAAACUUGCUGUAUUGCGUCAGAUAUGCGAGUAGAUAGCCCAGGUCACAGCGGGUUGUUUGGUUCCGGGAGUUCUUUGGACGUCGAUAACAAUGUCAUACUUGAUACACAGAUCAUAAAGAGCACUGAACUCAAGAAUUCCAACGCCAUGGAGCUAGAAUCCAUCAAGCGUCAACUUGCAUACCUUGAAAAUGGUGAUGUUAAAAUUACCAAGCUUGUGACUGACAGACACAUCCAGGUUACAUCUUACAUGGCUAAGGAGAAGCCAGAAAUAGAACAUGUUUAUGAUGUUUGGCAUGUGGCCAAAGGAGAGAAAAAGAGGUUACUUAAACUUGUAAAAAAGAAGAAAUUUUGUGCAAUUAAGCCUUGGAUUGGGUCCAUCAUAAAUCAUUUGUAUUGGGUGGCAAGCUCCAGCAGCACUGAAAUUGAAAAAGAAGAAAAGUGGAAAAGUUUGGCAAAUCACAUUGCUGAUAUUCAUACUCAUGAAGACAACAAGGUGUUUACCAAAUGCUUGCAUGAAGCUACUAAACGGCAAUGGUUAAAAAAGGUAAAGGGUAGUAUCUAGCUCCAAUUCAUUCAUGGAGACUUCAUCACUAUACACAAAAAAAAUAAGUGCACGGGGCACCUGUUCUUUAACAGGUCUCGAAGCAUUUGCAUGUAUAUUAUAAUCUUGCUUCCUAUCAAUCUAUUCAUAAGACUGACCUC